AUGGCGGAUCAGGAGAACCAUUAUGGCUUCCCCGACGACGCCGCGGAAGAAGACCACUCCAUCAUCUCGACCCGUGGCCUGGAAGCCUUCGGCCGCAAGGUGACCACAACGGCGACGCAUCUCAUGGGUCCCAAUGCCGAAUCGACCGCUCACCACUAUCAGUCGGCCAUGGCCGAGGUGCACAAGCAGCUCAAGCGCCCGACCAUCCAACGCAGCGUCUUCUCCAUGGCUCGCACGACGCCAACCGACCUCGUCCGCGCGAAGCUCUCCACGACCGAAAUUCAACAUCGCGCCCUGACCCACCUGUCCGACGACCUCCUGGCAAAUAUCCCGGACAAUGACAACUCGUACUCGCUCUUCCAAGGCUUCCAGGCCAGCUUCCCCGAGCUGACUGAUGAAGGAAAGAAGCACCGCCGCCGUGCCUCCAGGGGCAGAAAGCUUCUGGAAGAGGGCUCCUCAACCCCAGAGACUGGAGGCGUCAAGCAUUUGUCGCAUCUGAAGAAAGAGAAGGCCGCCAUGAUGCACGAAUUUGAGCUGCUCGGCGUUCGCAAGAAUAUGGCUAGCAGCGAAAUCCGCGAGAUAGACAACAAGAUUGCCAACCUACAUGGCAUGCGCAGAAUCAUCCUCGAGAGGCUAGCCGGCCUGGAGCAGGAGGAAGCCCUUUUAGAGCACGAUAUUAUUGAUGUCGAGGGACGUCUGGAAGAAGCACAGGCGCUUGUCGAUGAGGCGGAAGCUAUAGCUCAAGACACCCCGACGAAAGACGAGGCCGACCUUGUCGGCGAUGCCGACGAUCACGAACCCGGAUUCAUGUCGCAAUCUGUUUACGAGAAGCUUCCUAGCUCGGCCAACAGCACGCCGUCGCGUAAGCCAAAAAAGGUCCACCGCCGCAAAUCGAUGCCCAUCCUUCACGAACACUUCGAGGCCGGGUCCAGCAUUCGCGAGAUUCGGGCGCAUCGAGACAACGUGACGGCCCUCGACUUCGAUGCGCCGUUUGGCACCAUGGUGACAGCGGCGCUCGACGACACCGUCAAGGUCUGGGAUCUGAAUGCCGGCAGAUGUAUGGGCUUUCUCGAAGGACACGCGGCGUCGGUUCGCGCGCUUCAGGUUGAGGAUAACAUCCUGGCGACUGGGUCCGCAGAUGCGACGAUCAAGCUAUGGGAUCUUAGCCGCGCGCUCUACGAUCCGCAUGGCGGUCAGGAUAAGGAAGGGGAGGACGACGAUGCCAUCGCCUUUGAGAAUCCCGACGACCAGCCCAUCGACCCGCCUGAAGGGAGCAUGGCCGACUGCGCGCUCUUCACUCUCCAAGCCCACGUCGACGAGGUCACGGCACUUCAUUUUAGGGGUGACGUCCUGGUGUCCGGGUCAGCAGACAAGACCCUUCGCCAUUGGGAUCUCGAAAAGGGGCGCUGCGUGCAGACGUUGGAUGUGAUGUGGGCAGCCGCUCAGGCUACGGCGACAAACACGUCCGACAGCUCGUGGCGGCCGACAGGGCGGUCGCAAGGCACCUCGGCAGACUUCGUCGGCGCUUUACAGGUAUUCGAGUCGGCGCUGGCUUGCGGCACCGCCGAUGGCAUGGUGCGCCUCUGGGAUCUUAGAAGUGGCCAGGUCCACCGGAGCUUGGUUGGCCACACUGGCGCUGUGACGUGUCUGCAAUUCGAUGACGUUCACUUGGUGACUGGCAGUUUAGACAGGAGUGUCAGGAUAUGGGACCUACGAACAGGCUCCAUCUACGACGCCUACGCUUACGACAACCCCAUCACGAGCAUGAUGUUUGACGCCCGCCGGAUUGUAAGCGCAGCCGGUGAGGACGUGGUCAAGGUGUACGAUAAGGUCGAAGGGCGGCAAUGGGACUGCGGCGCGGGCAUCGCAGAGGCCGAAGAGGGCAAGACGCCUGCCAUUGUAGAGCGUGAAUAG